CGGCAGAGACGGCGGCCUGGGACGAAGCGGGCGCCGCGCGGCUGUGGGGCCAGAUAGCUUCUCGCGGCGGCGGCGGCUGCUACUACUGCUGCGGGGCGGCGGCGGCCGAAGAGGGCGCCGGGGCGGUGGGCGCCUGUGCCGCCGCCGGCGAGUGGCGCCCCGGGCGGCUGGGCGCCGGGCGAGGGAUGGCCGCGCCUCCGGGCUGCCCGCUCUCGGACCCGGGCUCCACCAGCGAGCGCAGCGCGGACUCGCCUCUGCCGGACGACGACGCCUGCGCCCCGGCCGGCCCCGCCCGCGGCCCCUCGGCCAGCCCGGAGUGGGGCGAGGAGCGGUUCCGCGUGGACAGGAAGAAGCUGGAGGCCAUGCUGCAAGCUGCUGCUGAAGGAAAAGGAAAAAGUGGGGAGGACUUUUUUCAGAAGAUUAUGGAAGAAACUAACACCCAGAUUGCUUGGCCAUCUAAGCUGAAGAUUGGUGCAAAAUCAAAAAAAGAUCCUCAUAUUAAAAUCUCUGGGAAAAAAGAAAACGUUAAAGAAGCAAAGGAGAAGAUCAUGUCUGUCUUGGACACAAAAAGUAAUCGAGUCACCUUGAAGAUGGAUGUAUCUCAUACAGAGCAUUCACACGUGAUUGGCAAAGGAGGCAAUAAUAUCAAAAAGGUGAUGGAGGAAACAGGCUGCCACAUCCAUUUUCCAGAUUCUAAUAGAAAUAACCAAGCAGAGAAGAGCAAUCAAGUGUCUAUUGCAGGACAGCCAGCUGGAGUUGAGUCUGCCAGAGUUAGAAUACGGGAGCUGCUCCCACUUGUCCUGAUGUUUGAAUUACCUAUAGCUGGAAUCCUUCAACCAAUCCCUGAUUCCAGUUCUCCCACAAUUCAGCAUAUAUCUCAGACAUAUAAUAUUUCAGUGUCUUUUAAGCAACGUUCUCGGACAUAUGGUGCUACAGUCAUUAUCAGAGGAUCUCAGAAUAAUAGUAAUGCUGUGAAGGAAGGAACAGCUGUGCUUUUGGAGCAUCUGGCUGGUAGCUUGGCUUCUGCGAUCCCUGUGAGCACGCAACUCGACAUAGCAGCUCAGCAUCAUCUCUUUAUGAUGGGUCGAAAUGGCAGCAACAUCAAACAUAUCAUGCAGAGAACUGGUGCUCAGAUCCAUUUUCCCGAUCCCAGCAAUCCACAGAAGAAAUCCACGGUCUACCUCCAGGGCACUAUUGAGUCAGUCUGUCUUGCCAGACAGUAUCUCAUGGGUUGCCUUCCUCUUGUGCUGAUGUUCGAUAUGAAGGAAGAAAUUGAUGUAGAACCACACUUUAUAACUCAACUAAUGGAACAACUGGAUGUCUUCAUUAGUAUUAAACCAAAGCCAAAACAGCCAAGCAAGUCUGUAAUUGUAAAAAGUGUUGAGCGAAAUGCCUUAAACAUGUAUGAGGCACGGAAAUGUCUCCUGGGCCUCGAAAGUAGUGGAGUUGCCAUAGCAACAAGCCCACCCACCAUCUCCUGCACUGUUGGCCUCUCAUGUCCUGGCUUGGAUAUCCUAUCCUCAGCUGGACUAGGACUCGCUGGACUCGGAUUCUCUGCUGUUCCCCAUCUGAUGGUUCCGUCUACGACCCAAGCCACUUUAACUAGUAUACUUUUGUCAGGAGUGUCAAACUAUAGUCAGAACACGCCCUCUCCCCCUCCUGGCUUAACCCCUGUUGAUAUCCAUAUAAAUGGCAUACAGACAGAAAACAAGAAAAGUCAAACUUCUUUGAAUGGCCAUGUAAAGACCUCCCCUAUGAAGUAUACAGCUCUGUCUGCUGCAUCACUUGGUGAAAAUGUAUUAAGUUCAAACCACAGUGAUCCAUCCCGGCAGGCAAGUAGUCAUAAUGCCUCUGAACAAGUGACCACCAAGGAAAACGCUGGAGAAGGUUGCAAUGACGCCUUUGUGGAAGUGGGCAUGCCAAGAAGUCCUUCGCAUUCUGCAAAUGCCAGUGAUCUGAAGCAAAUGAUGAGCUCCUCGAAUCAACCCGGUGCAAAGAGGCAAACAGUAGCGUUGUUGCAAGGCACCAAAAACUCUCACUUACACACUGCAGAGAGAUUGCUGCCAGAUUCUGAGCGGAGUGCCCCAGAAGCCCCUGUGACUGAUAAAAAAGCACCUGGAAGUGAGCGAGCGGCUGAGCGAGCGGCUGCAGCCCAGCAGAAUUCCGAAAGGGCACGUCUUGCUCCACCGUCAGCAUAUGUGAAUAUGCAGGCAUUUGACUAUGAACAGAAGAAGCUAUUAGCAACCAAAGCUAUGUUGAAGAAGCGUGUCACAGAGGUGAGAACACCAACAAACACCUGGAGUGGGCUUGGCUUCUCCAAAUCCAUGCCAGCUGAAACAAUCAAGGAACUAAGGCGAGCAAAUCAUGUAUCAUACAAACCAUCUAUGAUGAUAACAUAUGAGGGAUCCUCCAUGUCUCUCUCGCAGUCCAAUAGCCGGGAGCACCUGGGCAGUGGCAGUGACUCCGAUAACUGGAGGGAUCAUAACGGCAUUGGUCCUACAGCUCCCAGCAAUUUUGUCUCCUCCAUUGGCAGCCCUAAAGAGAAACAAAACAAACCAACUGAACAUUAUCUCAGCAGCAGCAAUUACAUGGACUGCAUCUCUUCGCUGACGGGAAGCAAUGGCUGUAACCUGAAUAGUCUGUUUAAAGGCUCAGACCUGCCCGAGCUGUUCAGCAAACUGGGUUUGGGCAAAUACACAGACAUAUUCCAGCAACAAGAGAUUGAUCUCCAGACAUUCCUAACUCUCACAGAUCAGGAUCUGAAAGAGCUUGGGAUUACAACUUUUGGUGCACGCAGGAAAAUGCUGCUCGCAAUCUCAGAACUGAAUAAAAACCGAAGAAAACUAUUUGAGCCCUCCGGUGUCCGUGCCUCGUUCCUGGAAGGUGGCGCCAGUGGGCGACUGCCACAUCAGUAUCAUUCGGACAUUGCCAGCGUGAGUGGCCGCUGGUAGCAGUGAAGGGAUACUUUCACAGUCGACUGCACAAAUGGACAUGGCAAUCCCGUGAACAGCCACCACUGCACACCCUCUGCACUUUGGGAGUCUCGGGACCAAGGACCAAAGCCGCCUUUUCUGCACAAACACUUGUGCCAAAAAAUAGAAAGAGAACACUCACCUUGUCUUUCCAAACACCAAAUGUGGAUUGUUUUACUUAUGUAGCUCGGACAACAUUUGCAAUAAUAAUAUAGGGUUCUUUAGUAUUUUAUUACUUAUAAUAACUAUAUUGUAUGCACUGAUUUAUUUUUAUUUCUUUGAAUGAAGAGUGAAGGGCUGGGAUGCCAGAGGGGUAUCGUGUGUGGUUUUAAGGAAGAAGGGUGUUUCUGGUACUGCUUAAUAAUGAUUAAUUGAGGGUCUUUCUGCACUUUAUGUGUUCUGAUUUCUUGUCCUGUGGAAAUUUUAUUGUUUUCUUCUAAUUUCCAUGGAGAAAAAGUAAAACCUAUUGUAUUGGCACAAAUUAACAUUUGCCAGGUGUGUUCUCACAUUAGAUGAAAAAUCUUUUCCGUAAAUGGUACUAGCAAAAUCAAAUUUUGGUGAUUUCUGUGCCCCCCCCCACUUAACCAUAAAGAAGUCUUACUUAGUACUGAAGCCAAAAUUGUUUUUCACUUCUGGGAAGCAGUCUUUAAAUCUUCUAGUUUAGCUAGUGCACCAUAAAAGAUGUAAUGAAAGACCAAAAUGGAACUUUAACCCUAUUUAACUGCUGCUUGCAAUGCUAGAAUUGAUUUUAAUGGUUGUCUCAAAGCAAAGGACUAUUUUUAGUAUAUACUGCCACUAAAAACACUUUAUUUAUAGCAACAUUUUGUUUUUUUUAGACUCUGUACACUUAGAGUGCAUCAAUGGAUCUACUAAAAAGUUGUCAAUAGAAAAUGGAAGGGGAAUCAUCAAAACCAGGGCUCUGAGCAAUCAAUUUGUCUAAACAGAGCUUUAACUUAUGUGACAAGACAGAACUGUUGCAUUUAUUUUGAGAAGGACACUGCUUGCCUGACUCUUCCUCAAAUGAUAGAGCAACGCAUACCCAAUAGCUGCAGAGACAUCUGUUUUUCUUGAUUCAUUCAAGUAUGCAGUUGUCAGCUGUGAGAGUUUUGAGACAAGCAGUAUCCAAAACCUGUGUUGACUAUCGCUGGAAAGAGUUUGUAUUGUGUAUGGCUAGAACUAACAGUUGUGUUCUAUACUGUGAAAAGUCAAGAAAUCUGGUUAUACUAUUUCUGUCUUUUUGCAAACAAUUAAGUAUAAAUUUAUGAAAUGAAGGGAUAGCAUGAGUGCUUCUCUGUGAUGCAAUAUGUUUCCAAACAUGAAUUUAUCAAAAAGAGAAACAUUCCCAUAGCACAUAUUGUAAAUUACUUGUUCUGUAAUGUCUUAUUUAUGUACGAUGUACUGACCCUUUAAAGUGGAUAUAAACCACUCGCAAAUGAAGGCAUUAGAUAUAAUUUACCUUUAGUGUUUUUUAUAUUUGCAAAAUCUGGAGGUGUGUGUGUGGGGUGGGGUGAGGAAUAGUUGUGACACUUUCUGUGGAUAAUUCUUUUCUAUGGUGAGGAAAACGUACACUCAAAAGGGAUUUUUUUAAAGUAAGAGCGUAGGUGCAGUAGUAAUCUCUUCUCCAGCUUUGCUAGCGGCUCUGUCACAGAGCAGUGUGUCCCUGCGACUGGAACAGCUGCUGCUGCUCGUCUCCCCACAGGCCAGGUUAGUGCUUGUGGGGUUGCAGAGACUCUCUUGGUGUGUCAUACAUUCAGUCUUGGAACCCAGGCUCCAGUCUUGAUUCAGAACAGGUACUUUGGCUAAUGCAGGAACAUACAGAUCCUGCUGCUAAAACCACUAAGGUUUAAUCACGAGUACUCCCUAUGGUAUGGCUGUGUGUAAAUUUAAGCACUUCCCUUAGCAGAUCAGAACCUAAGUUUUCCAGUGUAAAUUACAUUUUUACCAAAAUGUAUAUUGUGUACCUUUAGUCUGGGGCAGAAUUACUUGGAAGACCAUCAACGGUCUCUGGACUUAAAUUGUCCAGUCCCCCAAGUAAGCGUUCUUUUCUCCCUCAGAAUGGUGGAUAUUGAAUUAUUCUUUGUGUACUUAAAAUGCCAUGUGUUACGACAGUAUUAUUCUGGAAACUGCAGUUUGUUUACUGCAAUCUAUGCUGAAGCAAUGAAUUUCCCAGAUAUAAGAAUAAAAAUAAAACUGCGUAUUCUCACACACUCUCACAUACCACAUUGGAAAAAUAAAUUUUUUCACAAUCCUAUUGAUUCCACAAAAGGGAUUAUGGCAAUGCAGUAUUCCAUACUGUCUGUUUGGUAUUAUGCACAAAAAUAUGGAAACAUUAGUUUUAAAUUUAUGCCUUUAUAGCGACCAGUUAUCUGUAAAUAUAGAGCAGAUACAGAUUGUAUUUUGGGAGGGAAUGGGGUCCUUUUUAAUGAUUUUUUAAAAAAUAAAUAAAUGAAAGAUCGAAUAAAGCAUUUACAAAUAAGAAUUUCUGAAAUUAAUCGAAUGUUACAUGAAAGAAUAAAUUUAUAUAAUUCCCUUGUUAUA